CACGUUCACCAGCACUCAACAUGUUGAGUGAUUAGUUAACGGCUUUGUUGAAAACAGAUGAAAAUCAGCUCUAGACCAAUCAAAACUCUUCUACCUUGUGUAUUCCACUUGUUGGAACAAAGCCGUUUACUAAUCACUCAACAUGUUGAGUACUGGUGAACGCGACCAUUGACGGUAAAACAGCUGGUAAUUGCUAAAUAAAUAGUUUUCGACCUGCGACCUUAAAUAAACUGUGGUUCAUUGCUGUGGUCAUAGUCGUAUAGUAUUGGUCUGAGUAUAUGGUCAUUAUUUUAUUUGAUUAUGUCUGGUGAAAGUCAAGAACUGGACGAUUCCUUAGACGAUUCACAGUUUCCCUCAAUCGACUUCGAUGAUUUCAAAUGUUCCCAAUGCGAAAAGUACCUGUCUGUAGCUCCAAUCUACAUCUACACAGAUCCCAUUGGCAAAAAUAAAAAUGUAUGCGGUAGAUGUUCAGUUCCCGAUGAGGGCUCAAAAAUAAGAAACGUUUCCUAUGAAAUAUUGGCAAAAUUUUUGAAAUUUCCAUGUAGUUCUUCAAAAAAUUGCAAGGAAAAACUAGCUUGGGGCGAAGCUGAAGAUCACGAAGCUAAAUGCUGGCAUAGAGAAAUGGUUUGUGAAAUUUGCUCUGGCCCAUACACAACUACAACUCUUAUAAGUCAUUAUAAGAAGCACCAUCAGAAGGAAUUAUUUCUCGACAAAAAUGUAGUAAUUUCUGAAGGAGACAUUUAUAAUCACACAUAUCCAAAAGUCGUAUUAGUUGCUUGUGCCAGAAUGGUUUGUUUAGUUCAUAUCCAAGUAGAAACUACAAUCAAAAUUAAAGUACAGCCUGUAUUUGCAACUUCAAUUCCCCACGCUCUUACUGUAACUUUUAGUACAAGGAAUCAAAUUAUUUCAUUCAAAAACCGACAAAUUAAACAAAAUCCAAAUAAUACUAAGAAUUGGAACGAGUAUGAUUUCAACAUCGAUCAUAUACUAGACAUAUUUAAAUCAGACUCUAGUGAAUUCAAAAUGGAGUUAGAAAUAUACCAGGAUGGACCUAAUAAUGAUGAAAAUGCUAGUUAUAAUGUUGACCAGUAUUUAUCCAAUGAAGCGUCAGGCGUGAUGGAACGGAUAUCAAAUACCUUGGAGUGUCCCACUUGUUAUGAAGUAAUGGCUGGGAACAUUUAUCUCUGUAAAACGGGUCAUUCGAUUUGUGAAAGUUGUAGAAAAUUGGUUCCUGUAUGUCCUACCUGUCAAGGACAAUAUAUGGGUGGACGAAAUUAUGCACUAGAGGAAAUUUCAAAGAAAUUGAAAGAUUUUUUGUGAAUUCGGAAAUAUUUUUAUGAAAAUAUUCAACAACAUCAAUAUGUUUAAGUUUUUGAUAUACAAACAGUUCAUUAUUUUGAAGCGCAACUGGAAACUUUUGUUAGUGGUACAAAAGUAGUGUUUAAAUUUUUUAUAAAUACCUAUAGAUACUUAAUUAAACUUUAUGAAUAAAAAUAAAAUGUAUAGUAUAUUUUCUUGAAAACUGUUUAAUUUUAAAUAUUUCAGGACAAAAUAAUAAUUGAUGGUGAGCUGAAAUUUAGUGAACACGCUAUUAUAAGUUAUUAACAAAGGAAAUGAGUGUCUAUUAGUUAAAGCCUGAAAACAAAUGUUGAAAUUAUUUAUUUACGAUUUGCUACACAUUUAUUAUUAUUUUUUAAAUACAACCUCUUUUUUCAUAGAUUAAUAAAGUCGACCCAAUUAAACCAAAACGACUCACAAAUAAAUUUCUUAAAAUUUACAUGCAUAUUUAAAAGUUUUUACGUAUACAUAAUUUGAUAAAUUGUUUUCUCAUACACACAUAUUCACAAAAUAUCUACAUUAUAUAAAAAUAAAUAGGGAUUUAAUAGGUACAAAUCAAUCACAUAAUAAUAUAAAGUAGAAAGUUUUCAAGAUAGCUCAAAGCCUGCCUGUUGUUCGAUUGCAGAUAAAAUUUUGGAACGCAUGACUUCUUCAUCCUUGAAUAUCGGAAUUUUUAGUAAGUUCAAACAGGUACUUGCGGUCGGCAUACGGUUUUCCACUCCGGAUGAUUGAAUGCAGAAUUGUGGAUUCAGUU